AUGAAUGUUAUAUCCAACUAUGGUAAAGAUCUCCUACGUCUCAAUGUAGUGUUAACACAACAUGGUGUUAACCCCAGUGGUGUGUUCCCCGUAUUGCUAAUUUGGUGUCCUCAAGAUUCGUCAUACUAUAUAGCAUUUGUUAAAAGGUCGAUUUUAAAUGAAAAUCACCCUUAUGUAGUUGAUCAUCGACCGAUCUAUCUAUUUUCUUUGGACAAAAAGGGUAAACCGUCAUUUUUUAGUGGUCCAAUCAAUGGUGGCAUGCUGAUAAUUGAAGAAGAAUCCACAAAGUUAGCGAAAUGGAUAUUCAAAAUGUUGGUUGCACUUCACAUUUGUUAG